CGAAUGACAGACGACGUGAUGAGCGGGAAAACGCAUGAAAUUGGACAUAACAACUCAUCAGUUCUAUGCCAAAGGGCAGCACAAACAGUUUGGCGUUGAAAAGUGUGUGGCGAUCGUGAAAGUGACGGGUGGUUAGACACCGUAAAAAUUUCGUAACACACACAAACAAAAAAUUGUGCUAAGUGUGUUUCUUUUAUUUAUGUUCACUGUCCAUCCCAAGCAAUUAAGAGUUCAUUGAUUUGAACGCUUUUAACUCAUUACUGUGAUUUUUUGCCACUUCAAAUUUUGCUUGGGAACUAAAAAGGAGACUUGAGCACUGCUUCAGCGUUUCAAAUGCAAAGAAAUCGUUUUUUGGUGUUUCUUGUCUGUGGAUUCGUAAUACUAACUUUACCGAAAUUUAAUGGAUCCACAUUUAUUGCUCAUCAUAUUCAUAAAUGGAAGGCGUUGAAGACUUCAAUGCGUUAUGUGCAGGAGGCUAUGCUGCGUACAAGUUUAAAUCGUGCAACUCCAAACCACGGAAUCGUUUUCGAAUGUCGUACAACUUCCAAUUUGCGUUUAGGAGAUGAAGUACACUUCGAGUUGCAACUGGGAGAUAUGCGCGGUUUUCACCGCUUGGACCCACGUCGCAAGUUGGCAUUAUUUCUACACGGUUGGAACGACGAAGGCAGCAAGGGCUGGGUGCAAGACAUGUUAAAAACUUGGACACACUUCGAUCCGUAUUAUAGCGUUUGUGUUGUUGAUUGGGGUCAUCUCUCGCAGGUAGAUUACAAGACUGCCUCUAUGUCGAUAUUUGAUGUUGGUCUCACAGUGGCUGGCAUCAUUAUGUCUAUGGAGAAUUUACGACCCGAAUACUUCUCCCGUCGCAAUGUCACAUUGGCUGGCUACAGUUUGGGCGCACAUGCCGCUGGCUAUGCGGGUGCAAUGCUUAACGGAGAGCUGGAGCAAAUCAUAGGUCUUGAUCCGGCCGGACCGCUCUUUACAUUGCCAGCCGUUGUAUCGCCAGAUUUUCGUCUGGAUCCCACAGACGCGCAAUACGUACAAGUGCUGCACACAUCGGCGGGCACUUUGGGAGCUGGCUUAAAAAUGGGACAUGCCGAUUUUUAUCCCAAUGGCGGAAAGGCGCCCCAACGCCAUUGCAAAGUACUGGUUGCGGACAUGCAGAAUAAUGCGGUAGCGUGCAGCCACAGCUCGUCGGCUGUGUUUUUCAAGCAAUCCAUGAAUCCGGCGUUUCCGUUCGUGGGCAACCAUUGCAGCAGCUAUGAUAAUUUUGUGCACGGUCUCUGUACGCAGGGUCACCGCGGACGUUUUGGCAUACAUUCACAACGCCGCAGUCAUGGCAAUUUCUACUUCGUCACCGAACCGCAGCCGCCAUACGUGCAACGAAGACUGUGGCCACGACGUCGUCAUCAACAUUAUCAACAGCAACAGCAACAGUGGUGGCGCCGACAUAAGGUGCGCGCUUCAUCGGCUUUGGGACGUAGCGCUUUAAGGCAGACGCUAUCCACCGCAGCGGAUGUGAAGGCAAUGCAAACGUGGCAGCGCAAAUGGCGGCGGUGGCGGCGUGUGUAUUACUGAUGACAUUGUUGCUUGCACGUUGGCGUUGUGGCAA